GUGAUUGACCGAGAUUUUAGGAGGGAAUUUUAAGUUCACCAUUUCCCGCAAUUAUUUAGCGUCUUUUGUUUUGCGUUAUUUUUUUCUGGAUCUGACAAUAAAACGAUGAUGUCUUCGACACCAGCACUCUCAUCUCCACUAAUCAACCAUACACGACAGAAUGGACACAUUCAGGUUAUCUUUGGACCAAUGUUUUCUGGGAAAACAACUGAAUUGAUGAGAAGAAUGAAACGUUACCAGAUAGCCAACUAUAAAUGUCUUGUAAUAAAGUACGCUAAUGACACUAGAUAUGACCAGGAAGGAAUCGCCACUCAUGAUAGACAAAUUUUACCAGCUGUGGCAGCAACAGAGUUGAGUCAGAUGGAACAAUUAUCAGACCAGUAUGAGAUCAUAGGCAUAGAUGAAGGCCAGUUUUUCCCCGAUGUGGUAUCAUUUUGUGACAGAAUGGCUAAUAGAGGCAAAACAGUAAUUGUAGCUGCACUGGACGGUACAUUUCAAAGAAAGGGAUUUGGAGAUAUACUGAACUUGGUACCACUGGCAGAGAAUGUAAUUAAGUUGUCAGCUGUUUGUAUGACAUGUAACUCAGAUGGACAUUUUACGAAAAGAACCACUAAAGAACAGUCGGUUGAAGUGAUAGGUGGAGCUGACAUGUAUCAAGCAGUCUGUCGAGAAUGUUUCACAUCCCCCAUCAAAAAAUCUCCCAGAAAAUCCCCGUGCAAGAUUUCUACACAAAAAUCAAAACUUAAAUCUCCCUCGAAUAAAAGUGAGACGCCAACUAUAGUCGGAGAAAAAUCAAUGCAACCUCUUCAGAAUGCAACAAACAGACAGUUAUUCAUCAACUCUCCACCAAGAAUAUGAACAUCUGUACAUCUGUGAACAUUGUAGUAUUUAUAUUUUAGUAUUUUAAGUAAUGUACCGGUAGGUGUGUCUCAGUUAGCCAUGAUAAUCAUAAAAAUCUUUUUCAAUACUGGACAGUAAAGGAGAAAAAGAGAUACGGUUAGGCCAGAUCACAUUUAAGGGAGCAGCAGCGUCCAUUGAAAUGGAGAGAUUUCUCAUGUUGAGCAUGUUAAUACUUCAAAAUGAGAACUUUCUGUUAGAAACAUACUACCUCUAAGUCAGAGGCAAAGCUGUCCUUUUAUGCAGAUUGUAUUUAUACCCCACAAAACGAAGUUUGGUGGGGUAUAUAGGAGUGAGCUUGUCAUUCGGUCCAUUGGUUUUCAUGGUUUCGAGACAAUAACUCAUGAAAGGCUUGACAGAUUUAAAUAAUUUUUGGUACGUAGGUGUAACACCAGAAAAUACAGGUCAGGUUUGACUUUUAGAUCAGUAGGUCAAAGGUCAAGGUUACAGUGACCAUGAGCAGUUAAACGGUUUCUGGAUGAUAACUUGAGAAUGCUUGAGCCUAGGAUCAUAAAAUUUGGUAAACAGGUCUAACAUCAUGAAGUACAGGUCAGAUUCGACUUUGAGGUCAGUAGGUCAAAGGUUACAUGAGGUAACUUGAGAACAUUUGAGCUUAGGAUCAUAAUUUUUGGUACACAGGUGUAACAUGAUAAAAUACAUGUCAAGUUCGACUUUGAGGUCAGUAGGUCAAAGGUCAAGAUCACAAUGACCCGAAACAGUUAAACGGUUUCCGUAUGAUAACUUGAGAACGCUUUGGCCUAGGAUCAUAAAAAUUGAUAGGGAAGUUGGUCAUGACCAGCAGAUGACACCUAAUGAUUUUGAGGUCAGUAGGUCACAGGUCAAGGUCAGUGACUCAGAACAUUUAAAUGGUUUUCGGACAAUAACUUUAGAACGCUUUGGGCUAUGAUCACGAAAAAUUAAUAGGGAGGUUGGACAUGAUCAGCAGAUGACCCCUAUUGAUUUUGAGUUCAAAAGGUCUGUCAGAGUGACCCGAAACAUUUAAAUCAUUUCCAGACAAUAACUUGAGAAUGCUUAGGUUGAUCAUGACCAGCAGAUGACCCCUAUUGAUUUUGAGGUCAGUAGGUCAACGGUUAUUAAUAAAGCAAGUUCUGCUUUGACAUUGGCUUAGUUAUUUGACAAGGCCGUAUUGUGGGGGUAUAAUUUGUCACUCAUGUGGCAACUCUAGUUUGAGAAUUAAACCAAUUUUUAGCUCACCUGAGCACUUCCUGCUCGGGGUGAGCUGUUGUGAUCACUCACCGUCCGGCGUCCGUCAGUCCACACUUUUCUUCAAACAGCAUCUCUCCUAAAACCAUAUGUUGGAAGUUGAUGAAACUUGGCCUGGAUAUUCCUUGGGUGGUCCUCUUCCAAAGUUGUUCAAAUGGUUUCGGUUGGUUGCACAUAGGGGCCUCCAGGGCUAAAAAUAGAAAAGCUUUAAACGACAUCCCCCUAAACAGCUUCUCUGAUUUAGAAAUAAUUUCAUACAAAUGGUCCUUAUGUAACCCUCUACCAAGGUUGUUCAGAUUAUCCUGAUUCGUCAAAAAAAAAACAUGGCUGCCAAGGGACUAGGUCACUUUUUCCUAUAUGUAUAUAUUGGAAACUUUAAAAAUCUUACUGUGUGAAACAGCUGGCUCGAUUUUAAAAUAAUUUCACACAAAUGGUCCUUGUAUGACACUCUACCAAGAUUAUUCAAAUUAUUCCGAUUCGUCAAAAAAAAUGGUUGCCAGUGGGUGUGGUCAGGUCUUGCCUAAAUGUGUAUGUUACAAACUUAAAAAUGAUUUUGUCAGGAACAGCAGGCCCAGUUUUAAAAUCAUUUUCAGAAACUGCUGGCCCUUUACAAAGAUUUUUCAAAUAUACUGUUCAUAAUACUUUUAAACAUUUUCCUUACAUAAUUAUCUUCCAAAACUGUUGAAGCAAACAGUGUAUCUCAGGUGAGUGACCUAGGGCCAUCAUGACCCUCUUGUUUUUACUAAAAUGUAUGAUAAAAUUUGCAAAACAAUAGAUGAAGUAAAGUAUGUUCACACUAGAAAAUAUAGCUGGACUAAAAUGUUUGAAUAUGUCGGUAACAUUAUGUACCAAAACCCACAAUGUGUUCAAAAUUUCAAAGAGGUAGAUGCAUGUAGUUCUUAAACCCAAAUGUGCUCAAAUGUGCAAAAUUGUAUUUAUAUGUACUGAAACCAGAUGUGUUCCAUUUAUAUAAAUCUUUAUUAGAAUUGUGUUUUAUAUAUAUAAUAGAUUUUUGUAGAUAUUUUUGUUCUCUUAUUAGGCAGCAACAUUCAUUUCAUUUGAUAUUAACAAGGGUGUCAGUUAGUUUUAGGCUUUGAACUUGAUAGUAAUUUAGUAAAGUUAGUACUCAACCUUAAUUUAUGUAAUCUGUAAAGUUCGUUUAAAUACAUCAUGAUACUAGUAGUCAUAUCAUAGAUUCAUACAGUGUGAUGUUAAAAUAGUAGUGUUUUAGCUGUGUAGAACAUAUUAUUAGAAAUAUUACCAUAAAAUUUUAAAAAGGUCCCAGUUAUGAUGACAUUUCUUAUGUUUUAUUUUGUUACUGGAUAUGAACAGUUUUGAACAUGUUUUAAGGAAUCCAACAUUGAUUUUACCAUGCUAGAAUUCCUCUCUGCUGAGAGAAAUUAUUAUGUGCCAAGACAAAAAGUAUAUUGGGCUUGUGCAUAUGCGUAUAUUGGUCAGUCUAUCUGUAAUUCAUGUCUAUUCCAUAUUACCAUAAUUACAAUAAGGAAUUUCAUAAAACUUGCAUCAGUUGUAACAUCAUGACACAAAAUGCUGGUCACUAGGUUCAUCCAUCACACUUCAAAGGUCAAAGAUCAUGAUUGCAGCAUGUUACUUUCCCCCCAUCAUUGGAGUCUGUGGGUGUUAAUCACCUUUAGAGAUAUUUUAAGUUGUAGUUGUAGCUGUUACUUGAUUUACAUUUUGUUUGUUUUAUCAGCAUAGGGCAUUUGCCGCCGACCCCCCCCCCCCCCCCCCCCCCGGUGAAAAGAUGGAUCAUUGGACAUUUGGUACAUCAGUAAUUGGACAUUUGCAAAAAAAUGUAUACGUGGCAUUCCCUGUUUGAUAUUUGUCUUUGUUUUUAGAUUUUAAAUAUAUUAUUACAGCACAAACUUAACUGUAGUAUUGUCUGCUAAAAUCUGUAACAAAAAAAUAAACAUGCGUAACUGCAAACAGAUAAAUUUCCAAAGUUAAAAAUGAAACAGGACAAAUAAGACUUUUGGUACAUUGAGUGGGGUUACAUAUGACAGUCUUGAAAAUUAAGCAUAGGGACAGCUAGGUCGGGUGUGCAAAUGUCCUAUCUACCAUUUAAACUAUGGGAUGGUUAGAGGUAAAUGACCGGAUCUCUGUGUUUAUAUAUUGGUUGAAUGUUUUGUAACUCAUUUCCUGUCUUUUUUUAGUAACUUGUUUAAUUUCUUAUCUCUGAUCAUUAUUUUUUAAGACUUGUGUAGUGUAUUUUAAAAACUUUUAUGAAUGGAACUAUUAUAUUCAUUUGUGCAGCUGUUACAUGGUUGUAGAUAGUCUUGUCAUUUUACAAAUGCAGUGCUUGUUUUGUUAAUGACUGGUAAAAAAAUGUGUGCUUGAAGUCUUUUCCACCUUAAUAAAAUAACUUUUAUAUUA